AUGGCGCUAUACGGGACCUCCGAUGCUUUGAUGUGCAGGGCGUUCCCGACAACCCUACGGGGUCCGGCCCGCGCGUGGUACAGCGGACUGAAGGCUGGGACCAUCGCCUCCUUCGACCAACUCGCCAGGGACUUCGAGCUCAGUUUCCUGGCUUACGCUCGACCGAAACCAACCGUAGCAUUACUCCUCGGGCUCAACCAGAGGGAGGACGAGCCCCUCUCCCAUUUUGUGAACCACUUUACGACUCAAAUUCGCGGACUAUCGGACGCUCACCCCUCUCUACUGAUGCAGGCGUUCAUGACAGGCCUGCGGCCUUCCCGGUUCUUCUGGUCUCUCGUGGAGCGACCCCCUGCCGCGGUUCCCGAAAUGAUUCAGUGUGCUGGCCAAUUCAUCGCCGCGGAGACAUGGAUGGCCGGGAAGCGGGAAGAACACAAAAAAGUCAAGACGGAGCCGCCCCGACAGCAGCAGCCCUCCGCCUCCCGUCGCAGGUUGGAUAGAUCCGACCCCAGGUCUCCUCUCCCCGUCUUGAGUUCUUCGCAGAUGAAAAUACUUCUCCAUGAGAAGGGGAAGGGAUUACUCAAGGAACCCCACCCGAUGAGGAGCCCGCGAGAGCUCGCGGACCACUCAAAAUACUGUCGUUUCCAUCGGCAGCAUGGGCACGACACUGAGCAGCGCCGAGAGUUAAAAAGGUAG